GUCGAGCUUGAUUAAACACGAUGGAUGACAAUCGGAGUUCUGAAUCAAGCAAAAGGCAUGUGAUUGAGAACGAUACUAUUGCUUCGAGGAAGCUAGAAGAUACUAAUGCUAAGUUAAUUCAAGAUCCUGAGGAAAUGGCACUUUAUGCAAAAGUGAGAUCACAAGAAGAGGAGAUUCAUAGUCUCCAGGAACGAAUUGCUGCUGCUUGUUUGAAGGACAUGCAGCUGCUCAAUGAGAAGUAUGGAUUAGAGAGAAAAUGUGCUGAUCUUCGAGUGGCAAUUGAUGAGAAACAAAAUGAAUCUGUUACGUCUGCGUUGAAUGAGUUGGCUCGUAGAAAAGGUGAUCUUGAAGAAAAUUCGAAGUUGGCACAUGAUUUAAAGGUUACAGAAGACGAGAGGUAUAUAUUCAUGACGUCCUUACUUGGUUUAUUAGCUGAGUAUGGUGUUUGGCCUCGUGUUGCAAAUGCUACCGCUAUAUCCAGCGGCAUAAAGCACUUGCAUGAUCAGUUGCAAUGGAAGACUAAAGCUUGCAAUGAUAGGAUUAGAGAACUAUCAUCUAUUGUGGAAAACCAACCGGGAACAGAUUUUAUUAGUAAAGACAACCAUGAUCCCAGAAAUUCGAAAAGUCAAGCUUCUUAUGGAUCCACGGAUCGUGGUAAUGAUUAUCAGACCAAUGAACAACUUUUGCCACCAAUGGAAAAUGUUACGAGAAACCCGUAUCAUCACGUUAUGCAAGACACUGAAGGUUUAAGAUUUAAUAAUCAGAUAGGCGGUGGAUCUCAAGGAAUUUUCCAGCAGCCGAAAAGGGAAAAUUUUGGAUAUCCUCUAAGUAGUGUGGCGGGGAAGGAAAUGAUUCGAGAAAGAGAAGAAAAAGCUGAGAGUUCUUCCAUGUUUGAUGCUUAUAACGGGAAUGAAGAGUUUGCUUCUCAUGUUUAUGAAGAGGGACCAGGAAUUGAUGGAUUUCAGAUUAUUGGUGAUGCAAUACCUGGAGAAAAAGUUCUUGGUUGUGGUUUUCCAGUGCGAGGAACCACUCUCUGUAUGUUUCAGUGGGUUCGGCAUCUUGAAGAUGGCACAAGACAAUACAUCGAGGGAGCCACCCACCCAGAGUAUGUUGUAACUGCGGAUGAUGUAGAUAAACUGAUUGCUGUUGAGUGUAUUCCAAUGGAUGAUCAAGGUCGUCAGGGAGAAUUAGUGAGAUUGUUUGCUAAUGAUCAAAACAAGAUUAGAUGUGAUACAGAGAUGCAAACAGAAAUCGACACUUAUAUAUCCAGAGGUCAAGCAAGCUUUAAUGUGCAGCUUCUGAUGGAUUCAUCAGAGAGUUGGGAACCCGCAACGGUUAUUUUGAAGAGAUCUAGUUACCAGAUUAAAACGAACACCACAGACGUGAUCUCAGAGAAAUACUCAAAGGAACUCCAGAUAAAAGUACCGUGUGGAUUCUCAACACAGUUUGUUCUGAUAAGUUAUGAUGGAUCUUCACAUCCUAUAAGCACACUCAAUGUCCGCAUGCGUGAUACACUAGUCUUGACGAUGAGAAUGCUUCAAAGCAAGGCACUGGACGAACGCAGAAAAGGACGAGUUUAAAGUUAGUGGUGACUGCAGAACAGAUCCAUCCUCGAGUCCUUCAAAAUUAAGUUUAAUAAAAUAGGGUCUGCGAUUUAUAUUUUUAUAAUUGAGUAAUAAUUGUUAUCGCCAUAGUUUUUGUAUAAUUGUUUUUUGUCGUUUAGGAUCUUUGUUUUUCUGAACAACAAAAAGAAAUCUUAUUGUAAUAGACUGUAAAAUUCACU